AUGGCGACUCUCAGCUGGGCGGUGGGUGUGGUGGGUGAGGGUAAGUCAUCUCUGAACAGCUCAUCGGGCAGAAGCAGUAAUGGCACAGGUAGCAGCUCUGAUGAAACCAUUAAGAGCAUUCUUGAACAGGCCAGGAGAGAGAUGGAGGCCCAGCAGCAUGCCCUGAUGGAGAUGGAGGCCUGUGGAAGGGCUUCCACUGCCAGCACAGGAGCUCAGGUGGAACGUCUCGGCCCCCCCGAGCGCUCUAGGGGUCUACCUUUACCCAUUUCUAUCAAACAGGAAGAAGAGGGUUGUGUUACUGUGUGCUUGGCUAAUUCCACCAGCAGCCCCCAGACGCCCAUCAGUGUCCUUUCUCCAGCUGCCUUUGUCCAGAACAUCAUCCGCAAAGUUAAAUCAGAGAUUGGUGAAGCAGGCACCUACUUUGACCAGCACUGGUCUCAGGAGCGAGGAUCCAUGGGUCUUAGUGGUAUUGGUAGCUCUCGGCCCUUCAAUUCUGUCUCUCCCUCCUUGUCUUCUUCAUCUUCUGGACCUUCUACGUUGCCUCGUGCCUGGCCCCGUCUAGAGAACGGUGACGGUCUCUUCAAUAGUGAGGAGGCGUCUGGUGCCGAGGACGAGGUGGGACUGGGUCGACCUGUUGAGGUGAAGGUGGAGUCAGACACAUCAGUUAGCGGUGAGUCUCCGGGACCUGGACCUGGAAGGCUUUCGUACUACCCAGCAUACAUCCCCCGUGCUCUCAAGCCCACUGUGCCCCCCCUGACUCCAGAGCAGUAUGAGAUGUACAUGUACCGAGAGGUGGACACCAUCGAACUGACGAGGCAGGUGAAGGAGAAGCUGGCGAAGAACGGAAUCUGUCAGAGGAUUUUUGGUGAAAAGGUUCUGGGGCUUUCUCAGGGCAGCGUGAGUGACAUGUUGUCCCGGCCCAAACCCUGGAGCAAGUUGACCCAAGGCAGGGAACCCUUCAUCCGUAUGCAGCUGUGGCUCCUGGACCAGCUUGGACAGAGCCUGAACCAGCCGAACCAGGUCCACAUUCAGGAUAAGAGCCCAGUGACGGCCCACUCGUCACCCUCACCGCCCACGAGCCCGGCGGACAGCCAUCCGAGUCCACUGGUUGAACCAGUCAGCCUUUCCCUCGAGAGCAGCAAGGAGAACCAGCAGCCUGAGGGUCUGGGACUGGGGCUUCACCCCUAUCCAGAGGGAGGAAAGUCCACUCCCAGUCUCAUCGCCCUGCACCAGCCCACAAACCCACUGUGCAUCCAGGAAACGGUGGCCAUGUCCCCAGAGCUGGACACUUACGCUGUCACCAAGAAGGUCAAAGAGGUGCUAACGGACAACAACCUAGGCCAGCGUCUUUUUGGGGAGACCAUCUUGGGUUUGACUCAAGGUUCAGUGUCUGACCUGUUGUCCAGGCCCAAACCAUGGCACAAACUCAGCCUGAAAGGACGGGAGCCUUUUGUUCGCAUGCAGCUAUGGCUCAACGAUCCUCACAAUGUAGACAAGCUGAGGGCCAUGAAGAAGAUGGAGAAGAAAGCUUAUCUGAAGAGGCGGUACGGGCUGCUGAGCACCGGCUCGGACAGUGACUCGCCCAGCACUCGUUCUGAGUGUGUGAGUCCGACGUUGGGGUCGCUGGACCUGUGUCCUUACAGCCAGGUGAAGAAGCCUCGGGUGGUGCUGGGCACUGAAGAGAAAGAAACCCUGAGGAAGGCCUACGUCAUGGAGCCUUACCCCUCUCAGAACACCAUCGAGAUGCUGGCGUCCCAGCUCAACCUCAAAACCAACACCGUCAUCAACUGGUUCCACAACUACAGGUCCAGGAUGCGACGGGAGGUGUUGAUGGAGGGUCUCCCAGACAAUGACACAGACACGGAACACCACAGCUACUCGCCCUCAGACACCCGGAGUCCCCACUCUGACGGAGAGGACAGGAGGCUGCAGCAGGCCUCCGGACACGCCCACGCCGCUCCUCCUCUCAGCGCUGCACUGCCUCGUGUCAAACAGGAGGCCAUGGACGGGGAGGGCAGCGGAGAAGAGGGGAGGGAGGGCUCCCAGAAACAGACAAGAGUCCAAAGUUUUUCCACAGCGGGACAGUUCCAGCAGAGGAAAAGUGAGCAUGAGGACUCCAGCGCUGCUUGUCAUGAAUCCAACUCAGCUGCCCAGAAGCUGAGGCAGGACGAGGGCGUGAGCAGCCAGGUUCAGGGGCUCUGCACCGGUGCGCUCUCCAUAGACGGCCUACAGAGAACAAGCCAGUCUAGACACGAGGAAGAAGACUCUGGCAAGUCGCCCAUCGACCCGGUGAGCUUCAAGGCUUCAUCGGAGCCAUGCCGCAGCAGCCUGGAGGUCUCCCUCAACUCCCCGUCUGCUGCCUCCUCCCCUGGUCUCAUGAUGUCAGUCUCUCCGGUCCCUUCUUCCUCCGCCCCCAUAUCGCCCUCCAUGCCCAACCCGCCCCCAUCGAGCACCAAUCACAGCCUGGACCCAAACCCGCUCCCGCCUUUCCAAAGCCCCAAACUUAACAGGAGCACUCAGAGACGCAACGAGAAAAUGGCAAACCUCAAUAACAUCAUCCACAGGUUGGAGAGGGCGGCCAAUCGAGAGGAGACCCUGGAGUGGGAGUUUUAAAUCUGUACGUACUUAAAUCCAGUCCUGAUGAUCCCCAACAGAAGUUUCCAGAAAUCAUGGAACAGCACGUAACUCCCCAAGG